AUGCCACGUCUGAGUCAAGCUCAAGUUGAGGCCGCCGAGCGUGAGCUCUUUACAUAUCAAGAGACUCACUUUCACUUUGAGGUAUCAGCACGUGUCGAUAUCUCUCGCCUGUUUUUUGAUAAAAGCUUCAGGCGACAAAUGGAUGAUCGCCGUAAUGUGAUUCGGCUCGAGAAAGUUAUGGAAAUUCAAGGUUGCCAGCGCUUCAUGAAGGAGUGCCACGUGCCAGUUCUAGUUCCCGCAGCAGAUUGGGGAAAUCGUGUAAGGCCACGACAAAGGGACGGCGUUUUUACUUGGCUAGACGUGGACAUCGACUACAAGCUUCGUGCACAAGAUCACGAAAACCUUAUCACGGCCGCUCGCAAUAAACUUGGACCUUCGCAAAAUCAAUGGUGGAUCGUCGAUGUUUAUGUGACAGACCAGCAAGAAGUUACCGAUGAAACGAGCGAACAACUCCAAGACAAAUUCAUUAGGUCGCUCCAAGAACGUUUCCCAAAUGACCACACACCCGCAGACGGACUGAUUUAUCAACGCAUUCGGUAUUACGGACAAUUCAUUGACGAUCUUCCAAGUCAAACAUCUGGAGAUCACCUGUGGGCUGUGAUAGCCUCGAAUCACUGGUGGGCUAUAUUGGAAAAGGCGGCCGGGAGCAAAAAGGGGAAGUACUUACGGGCAUUUCUGAAACAUCCAAGCUUGCCACAAGCCUUCGAUGAGUUAUUGCCGAUACCGGGAAUCUGGGAGGGCAUGCGAAUUGGACUACUCCACAAACUUAAGUGGAUGCGAUGUGACGAGGUAAGUGCCGCUUCCUCUAGGCGCACGUUCUCUAAAGUGAAACAAACGUUACAGCCUGUUCUGAACUACUUACGUCAUAUUGGCACGACUUUCUCGUACUUGGUGGGAGGGACUGACUUUCUGCCUCUGGUGGAUGGAGUGACUGUAAAUUUACUCCAGUCCCGUGCACCAAAGGUAUCACGAAAAGAUCUGGCUUUUCUUAAGAAGCAAAUGGAGGAGGGCAAAAUUUUCAAGGAUAUUGAGGAUGAGGCGCAACGCCGUGAAGUUUGGGAGCGAUUGCAAGGGAUCGGUUAUCCUAUCCCGACUUUGAAGACAUUUUUCAAAGAUAGACUUUAUCUCGAAGUUGGCCGAUCUGUGAUGCAGCAACUUUUCAUUCCCGAUCCUCAGCGAAAGAUCACCAUUGACGAGAGCGUUGGCGAGCAAUGGGGCACGGCUGUUCCCAUGCCGGUCCCAUAUAGACAACAAAUGAUCCGUUCGGAUCUUUAUGAACUCUGGCGUUUCAGUUUUCAGUACGGGUUCGAAAUGACUAAUCAUCAACGUUGCGUGAACCGCCCGAGACCUGGAGAUCAACGUCCGUCCAUAACAAGCAUGGCACCCAGGCCAGUCACAAUUGAUCGAUCGGUCCUCUGGCAACACUUUUUUUGGCUUGCCAGACAAAGAAAUAUCUGGUCUCCUUUGGCUGAUGGCAUUCAAGUCCAAGAAGCUGAUUUACCUGUUCUCUUGCCAUGUGACUAUCCCGAAAAUGAUAAAGAAAUCCCGAUCACACGGCGAUGUGGUAAGCCAUUCGCAUAUUCGGCGGAUGCCGACCGAUAUGCUUUGACGCGAGAAUCAUUAGAACAGAUUUGGAAUAAGCCUCGAGUGACAGCAGGAUUUGUUACCAGAUCAAUUUUCUUGGCUUUUUUUGGAUAUCUCAUUCCCAACGGCCACGAUAUGGGGACCGAUCCUUUUGAACCAAAUAAUGCAGACACCGAUCAGCCUUCGGAUGGCAAUGAAUUCUCCCCUGAUAUGUCAGCUGAUACGUCUAAUGGCCCGUCAGAAGAAAACUUUGAUGGUUCGACGCCUUUGUACUCCACAUCAGAGUUCAAUCCUGUCAUGACCUCGCAACAACCCUUGUGGGCCAGCCAACAGCCCUCCUUCUUUGCUAUGAACCUAUUUAUACCAGGAGAGCCCAUAAGAGAGUUGAAGCUGCCAAAUGACCAACACAUCUUGAACAGUUUUUUUGCUGGACUCGAGCGACAUCAUUUUCACAUAUACAUCCCGGGAGAUGACCAACGAGCUCUCCACGCCGACUGGUGUUAUUCGGCAUAUGAACAUAAUUCUAAAUUAUUACUUCAUGCUGAUUUCCUUCCUGAGGGCUGUUUCGAACAACUGGGCUCCACAGCUUUAGGACACACCACCAAUAAAAGGAGAAGGACAGACGGCCUGGUGGAAUUAAAUGCUGCAAGAUCUUGGCUUGAAGAGCAAAUAGCGGAAAUGCACAUAUCUCAUAUUGCGGCUCAGGUUCCUCAUCAGUUCAUGCUGAACGUUGAUGAAACAAUGGAGGAACUAUAA